UUGGCGUCAUGACAUCAGGACAACAUUGACGCCGCGAUCCUUCAGCAGUUUGGUCACAUUGUCAUAAACAGGGUGGUAUUAUGUAGCUUUUUGAAUGAUAAACAUUGAUGAAAGAGAGUGACCUAGAAAUAUACGCUGUUCUUAAGAUGACCGUCAAUCCGCAAACCGGAUGUUGCGAUUAUCCGAGUGCAAUGCGUUUUUGGAGAGCGGUGGAAACCAAAUAUCAGGAAAGAAAGCGAAGAUGGUUAGAGGCGAAGGCUCGUAUGAUGACUGCUAAAAUGGCGGCUUUUAAAGCGCAGAGAGAAUUGGAUGAACUCGAACGAGAUUCUGAAGACCAGACUUGCGAGACAAGUCGCAGUGUGUCCCCGAUGUCUGACCUUGACUUUGAAGACGCAAGAGAUGACGAAUUCUCUGACGUAGACGACGACAUGUUCGUGGAUCCCGCCGACAGAUAUUACACUAGUUUAGACGCAGACGAAUGGCAAAGUAUACGACACAACCUGAUGAGGGCUCACAGAUACGAAUUUGAUAGAAAGAAGAGAAUUAUCCGCAGAGUACUCGUCGUUAUUUUGAGUCUAUUUUGGAUCUUGGUUGGCGGAAUUUUAUUCUUUUUAAAGACGACAGAGAUGACAACAGAGCAUGAACCAGUCAUUGAGCAGACGACAAAGGCAGAAUGCCUAUUCCAGUGUGACCAGAAGACUAUGAUUCACGAGUUUAUACAAAUGCUUUUCACGUCUGCAAGAACUGACGAAGAGAUUUAAGAUAAAAGCCAAGAACUACAUCAAAUAAUGAACAAUUUGGACUGACAAGAAUUUUAAAUGAAUUGUAUUAUUUCUCUGCUGGUAACGGAAACAAAUUUUUAAAAAAUCGACCCUUAUUUUUUUGUCAAUAAAUCUUUAAGCAUA